AUGGGGCAUACGAGUGGACCUGUAGACCCAGUGUUUGGCCAAUGCCAGGUUUUUGAUUGCAGCGCAGCCGAAGUGAACCCCGAGGUCGUCAAGUACCUUGCUCACGUACGUGACGAAGCUCUACACACAGUAGGAGUAGUGCCAUCAGCCAGCAAUCUCAGAAAGAGAAAGAUUGAGAUUAGUUACGACGAUGAAGAAGUUGUUAAACGACCUUCCGAAGGAGAGAAGGCCAUUGAGCUGCCUUUCGAUAUGGAUGAAGUUAUAUCCUGGUUCGACCAAGUCAAAGAAGAUGCCCUGAGUGAGCGCGAAGCGUUCGAAGGUUAUGAUGAGGAAACAUUGAACACAUUGCUUGUUGGAAUCCGUGACUAUAUAUCAAGGAUGUCAUCCCGUGACGAGUCUACUAACAAUCUGAUAAAGCUACUGGAGGGAGUACAGCCAGUUGUGACCAAUGAAGCGUUGGAGCUCGACGAAAAAUGGGCUGCAAAGUUAGUGGCGAGGCUGGGCAGGCGUAAAUUUACGACUUUAGACAAUCUAAAGUUAAGGCUCAACACCCAGCUGCCAAUACCCACGCGAGCCAAGGCGUGGAAAAUACAUAUUCCCAUCAAUGAGCCAUCCCACGAGUUCUUCCAUCGUAUGAACUCGACCCAGCUGUUCGACCUGCUGAGAUACUUGACAGACAACAUUGUUGAACACUACCAGACGGAUUCUGCUACUGACUAUGGCCAGUGGCUUGUGUACCUCCUCCUUCACCUGCCUAGACAGCUAACUGCAAACGAAAUAUCCGAAGUCAGGGGCCUAUCAAAGAAAGUGCGCGCUCUCAUAAUCGAUCAUGAAAUCCUCAAGUUGCCAAUGCUGCUGCCGUCAGAGAUCGAGGAUGUGUCUCCAAUCCCCCGGGGGGUGAACCCUCUGCACCUCGCUCUUGCGGUAGUAGCUGUGAUCUAUGGACAAAGAGACAUCCUGUUCCUUUAG